AUGGCCGGGGAGCUCGCUGGGCACGGGGAAGCGAACGGCGUCGCCGGCAGUGGGGUCGUCGAGGAAGAGGCGCUGGGGGAGGAAGCCGCGAAAGGCGCUGUCUGGCCCUCGAGCGAUGCACAUCCCCAGGUCCAAGCCAUCGACCUCCAGAGCCUGGAGUACUUGGCAUCUUCACCCAGAACGGACCUAGAAGGCGGAGAGACCCCAGUUAGCCUUGGAAUGCCCUUUUCUGCGAGGGUCCGUGUGGAAGAUCCGGAAGCUCUGCAAGCAAGCCCUUCCACGGAGAAGGCCGAAGCUGCGCCGGAGGAGGAGGCCUUGCCACAAACGACUGAAAGUAUUCCUUUGCCCUCGUCAUCCUCGCCUCGACUGGAGGAGUCUGAAUCUUCAGGUCUUCAGGCCAAUGAAGUGGCUCCUCUGGAUUCGGAACUGGUCCAAGCUGAGGCUAGUCCUGCGAAAUCGGCUGGGAGCCGUCCUGAAUCGCUCGAAGGGCCUCUGCCCUCUGAUACUAUGCUCGUGCCGACGGCGGGGCAAGCUGCUCCGGCAGAGGCCGAGAGCCAAGGGGACCCUGCUGAAGCCUUGGCUUCCGAGCAGUCCGAGGAGGACGACGGCGACCCCCGGUCCGAAGGUCCGGAGAGAGGCGUUGAGAACGCGGCUUCGGCUCCUCAGCCCGAGCCGAAAGACGAGGCUGCCACCCCGGAGGUGUCUGAGGCCAAGCGCCGCUUCGAGGAGGUGCCCAUGCUACCUCCAGAUUCCUUUUUCCAGUCGGACGACUUGGAGAGAUUGAAGCUGGAGGCCAUCGACGAGGCCCGAGCACUCUUGGUCUGGCUUGUACCAGGUCCAGGGGAAGCGCUGUCGCCGGAUGAACAGGAGGAAGUUCUGCGAGUAGAGCAGACGCUCUUGCAACAUCCUCAUCUCCCAGCCGUGGCCUUCAACACAACCAGCCCUACUCCAUUGUUAGAAUCCAACUCUGCAUGCUCCUUGACCUCAGCUGCACAAGCGGGCAUGCGAUGUGGGCUGAUUCGAACGGCCUGCCUUGCAGCAUUGACCUGGGCAUCUCGGGCUGGUUUCAGCUGA